CAGCGACUUCACUCCGCUGUUCACCUGCUGGAGGGAGAGAUCACCUCCAACUCCGCGACUCCUGCACAACAUGAUGGACAUACCAAAGACAGCAAAACAGAAAGAAGGUUUAUGGGUCUGAUCUAAGCCCCUUCCUCCUCAUCUCUAUAAGGUGAUGAACCCAGUGAUCAGUCAGUCAUCUGAUCUCCAUCAUCUCUGGGUCUCACAGAGCUCUCCAUGAGACAUGGUGCUACCUGACAAAACCUCCAGACCAUCUGCCUCCAAGAAGGUCCCCAAGCAGCGGGCCCUGGAGCACCAGAGCCUUCCCUCCCCGGCCCUGUGCUGCGCCUGUGGCCUGUGCAUCAUGCUGGCUGGCAUCAACAUCACCCUGGUGGGAGCCUUCGCCUUUGGCACCUUCGUCCCUACUGGCAACCCCCCCAUCAUCAUCGGGCCUCUCCUUCUAUUGAUAGCCCUGGCCUUCUUCACAGCGUGCUGUGUGGUCAGCAGGAGGCCCCCAGCCCACAUGGCCCGCACGGCCAAAGGAGGUGAGAAGUGGGGGCUGGUGCGAAUGGGGACGGCAGCGUUUGAGAUGGAGACCAGCGAGCACACGCUGCAGGACACCACCGCUGUCCAGCUCAGCCCCACCAACUCCCCCUCCACCUCUCACAAGUCCAGCUCCAGCCACGGGGGCGAUGCUGCUCCUCCGCCUGCUGGCUGCCAGGAUGGAGCCGGUGAGCUGCACGUGUCAGAGAUGUCUGACAUGGGUGUCACUGGAGAUAACACCACCUUGACCUCUGACAGCAAGGCCAUCACUGCCACACAGAUGCUGCCUGCUCUGAACACUUCCUCUACGUAGCGUGGACUCUCCUCUGCAGCCUGGCUGUUUGCUUCAGUGUUUUGAUGUUUACACGAUGGAAAUGUUUAGUGUGAUCGCCAACACUGAUUGGCAUGUUUAAAAAGAAGACUACAGAUAGAAUGACGAGCAGAUUGUCAGAUUCUAAACUGUGAAAACUUCCCUGAUUGUAACUUAUUCGCUGUGUUAUGCUGUUGAAUGUUUAGCUCAGUCCCAGGAUGCAUGUUAUAUUCCCACAACACAAACAAUAACAGGAGAUGAUACCUUAAUCCAAGUGCCUGUUUGUAUACUUCUCAUUGUAUUAAACAGCCAGUUAAGGCAGAUAAUCCCGCAUUCAUGUGGAUCCACUGUGGUUAGCGCUUGUCAACCUACGUUGGGAAAGCAGAUGUCCAGCCAAGCUUUUCUGAGUCAUGAAAGCUGUUCCUGCGUAAGCCUGGUAAAUUUCAGUCACUGUUUUUCCCCCCACACACUUUGACAGAACUGUUACAAUUUUUGCUUUUAAAUGCUUGCAUCCGCUGCAGUGAGUUGUGUUGUGU